AUGGGCCUGCUGUGGGUAUUGGUUUCCAUGCUAACCGCAGGCAUGGCUAUAAAUAUGGAAGCGACGGGCAGCCAUAGCAUGUUCACAUGUGAACCCAUUACCUUAAGGAUGUGUCAGGGUCUCUCUUACAACACCACCUUCAUGCCAAAUCUUCUCAACCACUACGAUCAACAGACCGCUGCACUGGCCAUGGAGCCUUUUCACCCCAUGGUUAAUCUGGAGUGCUCUGCGGAUCUGCGCCCAUUCCUGUGUGCCCUCUACGCACCCGUAUGCACCGAGUACGGUCGUGUGACGUUGCCAUGUCGACGGCUGUGCCAGCGCGCCAAGAGCGACUGUUACAAACUCAUGGACAUCUUUGGGGUAAACUGGCCAGAAGAGAUGGAUUGUAAGAGGUUUCCAGACUGUGAUGAAUCUUACCCUCGUGCUGUUGACCUCCUCUCCACGGCUGAAGGCACAGAGGAGUCCCCCAUCUCGGUCCAGAGGGACUACGGCUUCUGGUGCCCGCGCGAGCUGAAGAUCAAUCCAGAGCUGGGCUACUCCUUCAUGGGCGUUCGUGACUGCUCGCCGCCGUGCCCCAACAUGUACUUCGGCCGCGACGAGCUGGUCUUCGCCCGAUACUUCAUCGGAGUCAUCUCCAUCGUCUGCCUCUCGGCCACCCUCUUCACCUUCCUCACCUUCCUCAUCGACGUCGGCCGUUUCCGUUACCCCGAGCGCCCCAUAAUCUUCUACGCUGUCUGCUACAUGAUGGUCUCCUUGGUUUUUUUCUUGGGCUUCCUGCUGGAGGACCGCGUGGCGUGUAACGCCGCUAGUCCCGGGCGCUUCAGAGCUUCCACCGUCACCCAAGGCUCUCACAACAAGGCCUGCACGCUGCUCUUCAUGGCCCUCUACUUCUUCACCAUGGCCGGCAGCGUGUGGUGGGUCAUUCUCACCAUAACCUGGUUCCUGGCGGCAGUGCCCAAAUGGGGCUGCGAGGCCAUAGAGAAGAAAGCUCUGCUCUUCCACGCGGUGGCCUGGGGCGUUCCCGGAGCCCUAACCGUCACGCUCAUGGCCAUGAACAAGAUCGAGGGCGACAGUAUAAGCGGCGUGUGUUUCGUGGGGCUCUACGACGUGGUGGCUUUGCGAUGGUUCCUCCUGGUGCCCCUCUGUCUGGACGUGGUGGUCGGCGUGGCGCUGCUCCUCGCCGGUAUCGCGGCACUGAACCGGGUCCGAAUCGAGAUACCUUUAGAGAAGGAAAACCAGGAUAAGCUGGUGAAGUUCAUGAUUCGGAUAGGCGUGUUUUCUGUCCUCUACCUUGUGCCACUGCUAACGGUAAUCGGCUGCUACUUAUAUGAGCAGAGCUACCGAUCGGUGUGGGAAACCACCUGGGUACAAGAACGCUGCAGAGACUAUCACAUCCCCUGCCCUUACAAGGUGGAGCAGACCAGCAGGCCCGACAUAGCUCUCUUCCUCAUAAAGUAUCUGAUGAUGCUGGUGGUAGGAAUACCCUCCGUGUUCUGGGUGGGCAGUAAGAAGACCUGCUUCGAGUGGGCCAGCUUCUUCCAUGGUCACCGCAGAAAAGCCGGCACGGUGAACGAGAGCAGGCAGGUCCUCCAGGAGCCAGACUUCACCCAGCUGCUGCUCCGAGACCCCAACACUCCCGUCAUAAGAAAAUCGCGAGGCACAUCCACGCAGGGCACGUCCACGCACGCCUCCUCCACGCACCUCGCCAUGCUGGACGAACCGCCCAGCGCCAGCACCAGCCGGGCGGGAAGCGUGCGCAGCAAAGCCAGCAGUUUCCACGGCAGCCUACACCGCUCCCGGGACGGCAGGUACACAGCGUGCAGUUUCCGCGGCCCUGAGGAGCGUCUCCCUUAUGGGAGCAUGCCCCGCCUCAAUGAGCAUUCCCGCCACUGCAGCACUAACCGCCUCGACAGCCAAUCACGGCAGGGCAGCGUGCAGCGCCUCGAGAACCAAUCACAACACAGCAGUGUGCGGGACCUUAGCAACACAACACAGGCUAUCCAGAGCAGCCCUGGAAACGGCAUUCACUGUGUCAUAGAAGAGGAUGCCACCACAGCUUAA